UUGGUUGUGAUGACUUUGAAACGUGAAACAUGGCUGCACCAAAGUAAUGGGAGAUACAUAUGCAAUGUCCCAGCUUUUAAAGCGUCUAUGACUGAUCGGUAAUCCAGAUCGAUUAAUCGAUAGAUCAGCGUCUUUGGACAUUUGGACAUGUCGUCCGCAGACUCCGGUGGGGGGUCCGAAGGCCCUAAGAAAGAAGGGUUCAGGGGUCCGGGGCUGAGAGCCGCCAGGACCACCACCUUCUUCAGAGCCUUCAACCCUGAACUCUUCAUCAAACCAAAUAAACCGGUGAUGGUGUUUGGCCUGCUGAGCAUCAGCGUGUGCGUGGGUUACCUGGGGUACCUGCACGCCAUGAAGGACAACGACCAGACACUGUACGAGGCCACAGACAGCGAGGGGGAGAAGUACAUGAGGAGGAAAACCUCCAAAUGGGACUGAUGAGGGGACACAAUGUUUUAUGAUAUCAUCAAUGCUAUAUCUGUAAUUUAGGCCUAUUAUUUAAAUGUACGAAUGGGACCAGUGAGGUCUACUGUAGCCAAUAUUUCAGGAUUAAAAUGGGAACUUUUCUUUUGUGGUUUUUGUAAAAUGCCGACUACAAAGAUCAGGCAACAAGCAGAAACAUUGCUUUCUAAUUAUUGUCAAUUCUUUUGGGAACUUUUCAUGAACUUAGAAUGUUUUUUACCUCUGAAAUAAGAGCCUACAAAAGAUGGCUUAUACAAAUACUUAUUAACUAGAAAACGAAAGUGGAAUUUAUGUUAGACAAGGUCUUGGGUUUGAUCCCCCACAUCCGCAUCCUGCACCCUUGACCUCUAUCUGCAUUAUGUUGAUGAAAAUAAAGUAUUAUGUUUGAUUGUA